CUCGGGGAGCUCGGUUUUUAGAGAUGUGAGUCUUGCUGAAGUUCUCAGCCGAAUAAAGCCCUUCCUUCUUUAACUCGGUGUCUGAGGGGUUUGUCUGUGGCUUGUCCUGUUUCAUUUCUUGGUUCCCUGACCAGGAAGCGAGGUGAUUAAUGGAUGGUCAAGGCAGCCCCUUAGGCAGCUUAGGCCUCCCCUGUGGAGCAUCCCUGCAGGAGACUCCAGCCAGCCUGACUGACGUGGAUCCUGAGAGUGCUCCCAGCACCUUUUCUGCUGCCAUGACAACCAUGCGAGGAAUGGAACAGGCCAUGCCAGGGGCUGGCCCUGGUGUGCCCCAGCUGGGAAACAUGGCUGUCGUACAUUCACAUCUGUGGAAAGGAUUGCAAGAGAAGUUCUUGAAGGGGGAACCCAAAGUCCUUGGGGUUGUGCAGAUUCUGAUUGCCCUGAUGAGCCUUAGCAUGGGAAUAACAAUGAUGUGUGUUGCAUUUAGUGCUUAUGGACAUUACCCUAUUUCCGUGUAUAUCGGGUACACAAUUUGGGGGUCAGUGAUGUUUAUUAUUUCAGGAUCCUUGUCAAUUGCAGCAGGAAUUAGAACUACAAAAGGCCUGGUCCGAGGUAGCCUGGGAAUGAAUAUCACCAGCUCUGUACUGGCUGUAUCAGCAAUCUUAAUCAACACAAUUAGCUUGGCGAUUUAUUCAUUUUAUCACCGUUACUGUAACUACUAUAGCAACCCAAAUAACUGUCACGGGACUGUGUCCAUCUUAAUGCACUGGGAGGUACUGAACCAGGGAAUAAACGUCUGUGAUUAUUUUAUCAGUGAAAAAAGUGAGAAGUUACUUCAGCAGAUCAAUAAUUGGUCAAGGGAAUGGCUGCCACUAGGAGGGUAUGGAUGGCAUGGUGCUCCUCUUAAGUGUGCUGGAAUUCUGCAUUGCUGUGUCCCUCUCUGCCUUUGGAUGUAAAGCGAUCUGUUGUACCCCUGGUGGGGUUGUAUUAAUUCUGCCAUCAAAUUCUCACAUGGCAGAAGCAGCACCUCUCACACCACUUAAUGAGGUUUGAGGCCACCGAAAGAUCAACAGACAAAUGCUCCAGAAAUCUAUGCUGACUGUAACACAAGAACCUCACAUAAGAAAUUACCAGAAUCCAACUUCGAUACUGAGAGACAUAUUGAUAUUAUUAUAUGUAAUCCAAUUAUGAACUGUGUGUGUAUAUAUAGAGAGAUAAUAAAUUCAAAAUUAUGUUCUCAUUUUUCCCCUGGAACUCAAAAACUCAUUUCACUGGCUCUUUGUCGAGAGUACUAGACGUCAAAUUAAUAAAUAAUGCAUUUAAUGAGGCAACAGUACUUGAAAGUUUUUCAUUCAUCGUAAGAACUUUAUAGGCAUUAAAUAAGGCAUUAAAUUGGCAAAUAAGAUCUGGAAGCAGAAAAGCAAAAAAGGUAUUGCUAAAAUGAGGCCUCCAUGCAAAACACAUACUUCUGCUCCCCUGUAUAAUAUUCCUCCCAUUUAUUUAACUUUUUUCUUCUCCCACCUAUGGGGACCAAAGGGCCUUUUCCUUCGGAAGUGGAGACACGUGGCCAUCUCCCCCUCCCUUUUUCCUCUCCUUCUGUUCUUCCCCCAUAGAAAGUACUUUGAAAUAGCACAGUCCAUCCUUGCACGUGCACAAGCUAUUAUUUGAGUAAAAAUAUACAUGGAGUAAAAAUCACAUUAAGCAUCAGAUUCAACUUAUAUUUUCUAUUUCUUCUUCUUCCUUUCCCUUCUCCCACCUUCUACUGGGCAGAAUUAUAUCUUAAUCAAAUUUGUAUCCUAUGCCAUAUAUGGAAAUGUGCAACAUAUGAUAUUUGUUAAAUACAUUUGUUUUUAUUGCAGAGCAAAAAUAAAAUGAGAAGCAAUA